AUGACCGAGUUUGGAGACAGCGUCGAGAAUGAUCUGCUGCCUGCAACAUCUUUCAGAAUGACUGGACUUCUACAGGUUUCAUUAGCUGCAAACCGUCUGCGAUGGUUCUUAAAUGACACGGAAACAAGUUGGGAGGAAGCAAGGAACAUAUGCUUGGGCAAAGGGGGGUCAUUAUUGAGCCUAUAUGAUGAAGAAGAUGCAGAUGUGAUACAAAGCUUCACUAAGCCUACCGGAAUUUGGCUUGGAUUGAGAAGGAAUGAUAGCUAUGUCCCCACAUGGUCAAAUGGAGAAAAAGUCAUAUUUAAUGAGUCAACAACAGACUUAAAGGGAGAAGAGCAACUCUGCGAAGCUAUUGAAAAUGAGACAUGGAAGAGUUUUAAUUGUUCGGAAGAAAAGGCCUUUAUGUGCCAACAUGGCAAUGUUAGAAUCAAAGUGAUCGAGGAACCCAAAACAUGGGAGGAAGCCCUUGAUUACUGUAAAGCAAGGCAUUCACGCCUGUUAUGGAUUGAAGAUCAGGAGGAUCAAACUGCUGUUGAGCAGUGGUUAAAGUAUGCUCCUACUGGUUCCAUAGAGCGUUUGUGGAUCGGUCUUAGGCAGAGUUCAAUCUUUGGAUUCUGGAUUUGGAGUGACCGAAUAGUGAGCUAUUCCAACUGGGAAAAUGGUCUGCAGCCAGUGAUGCCUUCAUCCAAACAUUGUGGUGUAAUUAAUGCUGAUACUUUCGAAUGGAGUGAUGAAGAUUGUGGAAAGACGCUACCUUUCCUUUGUGAGGAGGAUAUUAUAUACAUGUAACUCUAGUAAUGGCUUUAAAGAGUAAGUGUUUAUCAUUAGAGAUCAUUGAUUUUAGAGCUUUUUAAAUUUCUGUAUUGCAUUGUGUAAUAGAACAAUGAAAAAUAUGUUAAGCAAUAUUUGACCUGAAUCAUUAGUUGGUUAAAUGGUUUUUAAUUUUCUCUUGUGUAGACAUCAAUCAUAGAUGCUUUCAGCUCUUUCUGCUAACAGAUAUUUCUUGAGAGAUUUUAUUUGCAUUGUCACAAA